CACGCAGUCCGUUUAUUUCCUAGUUCACUUCUCUAGGGUUUCGAUCUCUCUCUCUCUCUCUCUCUCUCUCACUUAGCGCGCCGUAGCCAUGGCGAAGCCAAGCCGAGGCCGUCGGUCGCCGCCGUCGGGGUCCGUGUCGAUCUCGUCCUCUCGCUCCCGUUCCUACACGGGCUCAGACUCCCGCUCCAGCUCUCGCUCCGUCUCUCGGUCGCUCUCGCGUUCCAGAUCUCGCUCGAGGUCCUUCUCCUCGUCUUCCUCUCCGUCGCGGAGCGUCAGUUCUCGAAGCCCGAGCCCGCCUCCUUUGAGGAAGAGUCCUGCUGAGGUAGCUAAAAGAGGUCGCUCUCCACCGCCACAAUCGAAAAGGAUUUCUCCACCUCCAAGGAAAGCUUCUCCUAUUCAAGAGUCACUUGUUCUUCACGUUGACAAACUCAGCAGGAAUGUGAAUGAAGGCCAUUUAAAAGAAAUAUUCGGUUUCUUUGGCGAAGUUGUCAAUGUGGAGCUGGCAAUUGAUCGCACGGUCAAUCUUCCAAAAGGAUAUGGAUAUGUGGAGUUCAAGGCAAGAGUGGAUGCUGAAAAGGCCCAAUUAUAUAUGGAUGGUGCCCAAAUUGAUGGGAAUGUUAUUCAAGCAAGGUUCACAUUGCCUCCACGACAGAAGGUGUCACCACCCCUAAAAGCCAUGGUCAAUGCUUCAAAGAGAGAUGCUCCCAAAAUUGAUGGCGUCAGUGCUGAUGGUGAGAAGGAUGGACUCAAGCGGCAGAGGGAAGUUUCUCCACGUCGGAAGCCUCCUGCCUCACCAAGAAGGAGAUCCCCUGUUGCUCAAAGGGGUGGAUCUCCUAGACGACAGCCAGAUUCUCCUCGUCGUCGUGCAGAUUCUCCUGUGCGUCGCCGAGUCGAAUCACCUUAUCGACGUGGUGAUACACCUCCAAGGAGGAGGCCCACAUCUCCUGGUAGAGGUCCAUCUCCACUUAGGCGCAAUAGAUCUCCUGCAAGAAGGAUGCGUGGCAGUCCUAUUCGCAGACGUUCCCCACUUCCUCCAAGACGCCGUACACCUCCAAGACGAGCUCGUAGUCCUCCUAGAAGGUCUCCUAUUGGUCGUAGACGUAGUCGAUCUCCUAUUCGUAGGCCUGCUCGCUCACGUUCACUAUCAGUGUCCCCGCGCAGAGGUCGAGGACCAGUCCUGAGGCGUGGGAGGUCAUCAUCCUACUCUAAAUCACCUAGUCCACGCAAGGUAGCCCGGAGAUCGAGUCGUAGUCCGAGAAGGCCUUUGAGAGGAAGAAGCAGUAGCAACAGCAGCCGCAGUAGUUCACCACUGCCACCUCGUAAGCCAUAGGUGCUACCAUUUUAGGGUUGUAUCAGAGUUAUGUUGGAGGCUACAUUUUGUGCUGGUUGUUUGUUCAUUUCUUAAAAGUACUUUUAAGUCGGACCUU